AUGGCCAGCCGGCUGGCCAAGGAGGAGGGGUGGCUGGCAGAGCACAUGCUGAUUCUGGGCAUCACCAACCCCAAGGGCCAGAAGAAGUACUUUGCGGCUGCGUUUCCCAGCACCUGUGCGAAGACCAACCUGGCCCUGAUGAACCCUACCCAACCACGAUGGAAAGUAGAGUCUGUGGGUGAUGAUAUCACCUGGGUGAAAUUUGACCAACAAGGUAACUUGCAGGCCAUCAACCCAGAGAAUGGGUUUUUUGAUGUCGCUCCGGGAACCUCUGUAAGGACAAACCCCAAUGCCAUCAAGACCAUCCAGAAGAAUACCAUCUUCACCACUGUGGCCGAGACCAGUGACGGGGGUGUUUACUGGGAAGGCAUUGACAAGCUCCUGGCCUCAGGCAUCAAGCUCAUUUCCUGGAAGGGCAAGGAGUGGGACCCCAAGGAUGGGGAGCCUUGCGCCCACCCCAACUCGCGGUUCUGCACUCCGGCCAGCCAGUGCCCCAUCAUUGACCCUGACUGGGAGUCUCCAGAGCGUGUGCCCAUUGAGGGCAUCAUCUUUGGAGGGUCGUUUCUUUCUCCUGCUAAAGACGUCCCUCUGGUCUAUGAGGCUCUCAGCUGGCAGCACGGCGUGUUUGUGGGGGCAGCCAUGAGAUCUGAGGCCACGGCAGCGGUGGAGUACAAGGGCAAAAUCAUCACGCACGACCCAUUUGCCAUGCGCCCCUUCUUCGGCUACAACUUCGGCCAGUACCUGGCACACUGGCUCAGCAUGGCCCAGCGCCCUGCAGCCAAGCUGCCCAAGAUCUUCCAUGUCAACUGGUUCCAAGAGGACAAGGCCGGCAGGUUCCUCUGGGCCGGCUUCGGCGAGAACUCCCGGGUGCUGGAGUGGAUGUUCAACCGCGUGGACGGGGAAGGCGGCCCCCAGCUCACGCCCAUCGGCUACAUCCCUCAUGAGGGUGCCCUGGACCUGCGUGGCCUGGGGGUUGUUGACGUGAAGGAGCUCUUCCACAUGUCCAAGGAGUUCUGGGAGGAGGAGGUGGAAGAAAUACAGAAGUACCUGGAGGAACAGGUGAAUGCCGAUCUCCCCCCCGAGAUCAAGAAUGAGGUCCUGGCCCUGAAGCAGAGAAUCAGCCAGAUGUAA